AUGGAAGGUGUUGGGACUGACCGUGGUGGCGCGCGCCUUCCCCGGGUGUCCGUGCAGCGCGAGGACGCGGUGGAGCACGAGGAGCGCGAGGAGCCGCAUUCUCCGUCCGCACGCGCAGCUCUGUCCCCUCUGCACGCGCUCACCACGUCCUGUAGAGGUCACAGUUUGCUCCUGAAACGUGUCCAUCACCUCCGAGACGACAGAGCUGACACACAGACGGCUGAAUGUCGGACCACACCGAAGAAACCCGAGAGAGAUAAAGAGCACAGCACAAAUGUGUGGGCGAGCGAUGGAGACGAGUGUGGAGACGCAGAGGCCCAUGAUCCUCCGCUCUGA